UCUCUGAACCUGCACUCCCUCCUCUUAAAAGAAGCCGUGUGUGUGUCUUGAGUGUGUUGUGUGUGUUUGGGUAGGGUAAAGGGGGGUACUCGAAUCGUCCCACCUCCCUCUCUCCCAGUCAAGACGCUCCAAACUUGCGGAGCGCACCGCGGAAACUCUCCUAAGAGUCUUCAGCUCGGCUCCUGCUUUAAGGACUGUACCGAGUGAAAGGAGACAGGAAAAGUUCCAGAUCUGAAACAACAAAACUCAGGAAGCGGAGAGAGUCGGUAAUGGCGAAGGGGCGGAAUGGUCAUCCAGGCGAGCGGCACAUGUGAGCCCAGAGGCCACCGGUAACGUUUUUAUUUCAAAAGCGACGGGAAGAAAGGGCAGUGAGAAGAGAGCACAGGGGAAGAGGCAGAUAAAAGUGUGCUGAGAGCUCAGAAGUGUCCUGUCACCUCGGCACGAUGGUCUGUCUACCGGGAUUCAUCUGGGUCUUCCUGAGCGCUCUCCUGCACCCUGUGGCACCCUGGGGCGCAGACCGACGGGACAGACCGAAGCAGUGCGACGCACCAAAGUCGCAAAGUGACAUGAACUCUUUCUUGUGGACAAUAAAGCGUGCCCCUCCUCACCCCCCUUCUUACCUUUUUGGUACCAUCCACGUGCCCUACACCCGGGUCUGGGACUUCAUCCCCAACAGCUCCAAGCAGGCUUUCCACAAGAGCCACAAUGUUUUCUUUGAGUUGGACCUGACCGACCCUCUGACCAUCUCAAAGCUGACCAGCUGCCAGCUGCUGCCCCACGGGGAGAACCUGCAGACCCUUCUACCUCGAGACCUCUACCGCCGCCUCAAACGCCACCUGGACUAUGUCAAACACAUGAUGCCUUACUGGAUGACAGCUGACCAGCGUGGCCGCGGCCUGUACGCUGACUACCUAUUCAACGCCAUUGCGGGGAACUGGGAGAGGAAGAGGCCUGUGUGGGUGAUGCUGAUGGUCAACUCGCUGACGGAGUGGGACGUCCGGUCCAGGGGGACGCCGGUGCUGGACUUGUUUUUGGCUCAAGAGGCUGAGAGGAUGAGGAAGACAACAGGGGCAGUGGAGCGGGUGGAGGAGCAGUGUCAUCCCCUCAACGGACUCAACUUCUCUCAGGUGCUGUUUGCUUUGAACCAGACACUCCUGCAGCAUGAGGGUGUUCGAGCAGGCAGUCUGCAGGGCUCUUACACCACUGAGGACCUCAUUACUCACUACAACUGUGGGGACCUCAGCUCCAUCAUCUUCAACCAUGACACCUCACAGCUGCCUCACUUCAUCAACAGUUCUCUGCCAGCUCAUGACCGCAUGACGGCCCUGCAGAUUGACAGCUACUUCCGCCAGGAGCUCAUCUACAAACGCAAUGAGCGAAUGGCUCGUCGUGUGUCUGCCCUGCUGCAGAGAAAUCCAAACCAGACGUACUUUUUUGCAUUUGGUGCAGGUCACUUCCUGGGGAACCGCAGUGUGCUGGACAUCCUCAGGCAGGAAGGCUACGAGAUCGUCCACACUCCCUCUGAUCACCAGGAGCCUGUCACAGAGAGUAAACCAGAUGAAGAGCCUGCAGUACGAUCCAGCGAGGAGAGCGAUGACAUGAGCACGGCAUCUCCCACCAGCUGGCUGACCAGUCCAACAGAUAUGGAGCUGGAAGACCCAGAAGACAUCCCUGGCCUCGGAGAGGAGGUGUUGCCUCACAUGCUGCUCCCCGACAGCCUGAGCCAGCUGGAGGAGUUUGGACGACACAAACGGCCUCGCAAAGUUCACCGGGGCCAUGCGAGACCCCGCCUCUUCAGUGAUCUGUGGGUUCGCAUCGGAGAUGGCACCACCCCACCACCUAAUGUGAGGAUAAUCAAUGGUUAUGUGACAGUGUCGCCUCCACUGACCAGCCAAAAGCAGCACAGAAGAAUGGACAUCCAUGCCACGGAAAAACCCCCGAGUCCAACUUCCUCCACUCCAUCUAAUCCCAGCUCAGCCCAGCCAGCUUUAGUCCACAGCACACUCACACUGUCAUGUAUUUUAGCCUGGCUGUUAUCACACAUGCUGUUCACCUCCUGACCACAAGACAGCAUUAUCACACAGACAGACACUCAGACACUACAGCCUCCAUGGUCCAUACCAGAGCAGUGGAAUGUACCCGAUAAACAAGGAAUGACCACCAGCACAUGCAGACAAGAGACCGGAGGAAUAUUUUAGUCAGGACACGACGUCCUGAGUAACUGCUGGAAGACUCAGCUCCUGCUGAAAUGCCAAGCCUUUCAAGUCUCAAGAAGUGUGGAAUAAGCUCUCAGCCAUGACACAAGCAAUGAAUGGACUGUGUUAGACUCCCAAAGGGUGGAGUCUUCAAACCUCAUGAAAGUAUUUCGACAGAAUAACAGACAUAAUAGCACAAUGAAGACCUGUAAUUUUAAGGAGUUUGUGUGGUGGAGUCUUCAACCCAGUAAAAACUGUAAUACUGUAUAGAAAAAUAAGGUUGACAUUAAUAAUGAGAAUAGAAAAUACUAAUAACAUCUAUAACAUCUAUAACUCUGCGAUAAAUGAGUAUGAAUGCAUACAGUCAAACAGUACUGUGUAGGAGGUGGAGCACUCAGUUGCCCUUUUUGUAAAUUGUGCAUUUUGUUCAUAAAGAAAUAUUGUAUAUUUAUUAUUUCUGGAA